GUGUGUGGUGACUCUGACUGAUUGUGCUAUGUGUGUCGCUGUUGUGCGCUUAGAGCCGAAGUUGCUUGUCACUCGCUGGAGACAUUUGUGGGCAGUUGCGUUGAACUUGUCGUCUUGUGCGUAUCUUGUGAAUCCAAAAGAUACGGAGUGCGGCGGAUACUAAAAACGAGAAGAAGUAGAAGUUAAAGAAAAAUACACAAACAAAAAUCGAGAAUUUGUAUAAAGACGAGAGUGCUCUUUUUAUUCUGCUCGUAUAUAUUGGAUAUAAUACCACCACCAUAUGAGAAUACUCUUUUUUGUCGUCUAAAUUUUUUUCUCAUCUGCCAAAGUGUCAAACGGAAAAUAGAGGACGAAGAAUAAGAACCAAAUGCUUGUUUUUGGACUACUACUACAUGAACAGCAACAACAAUAAAAUCGCAAGCACCAUCAAUACCACCACCACCACCAUAUUUGCUACCAUUAACACACAGAGCAGCAACAACACCACUGAGUGUAUAUCACAUCAACCUCAUCAUCAUUUCAUUGAGCGCUCUUGUGUAUCAGUGUAGACGACUUAACAUUCAGUGUCACCCACGACAUCGCAAGAAGUGGACAUAAUACACACCACGUCGACUUCUGUUGGACAAUUUUUUUGUGGUCUUUCGAAAAGUGCAAGAAAAACGAAUUAAAAAAAAAAAACAUUGACAGAAGAAUAUUUGUAACAACAAAAUUUUUAGGAAACUGGUUUUUAAACUAAACUAAAAAGAAAAACAAACUGAGAAGAAAAACUUAUAAAGUGAAAAAAAUAUAAUGAACCAAAAAUUGUAAAAAAAACAAAUUCUAUAUUAAAAAAAACUUAUGAUUUUUAUGAUAUACUUAAAACAUUUGAUAUUGACUUGAAUUUUGUGUGUACAUUAAAAAAGAUCGAGAUUGCGGUAUAUUGCCUAGGAUUCCUGCAAGUUCUAUAUGACUUCCUAUUGAUGCUGAAUUAAUAGAAAUAUAUUUUCUAUCAACAAAAUAUAUUCUCAACACAGUCUUUUAGGAACUUCACACCCUUUGAAAACUCUACCAAAAAUGGAACAUUUAAUGACAGCCUUUAUGCCACCUGCAUAUUUGUUGGGUCAUCAUCCACCUGCCGCUGCAGCUUUAUCCUCAUCCUCAGCCACCACCUCGCCAGCCACAUCACCCACCAUGGGAGCCAACUCGUUGAUGAAACCCAAACGCUGGGGUUCGCCUCCCGUCAAUAUGGGUGGUCAAUAUAUUAAUCCCGCCACCGGUAAAAAACGUGUACAAUGCUCCAUUUGCUUCAAGACUUUCUGCGAUAAAGGAGCUCUGAAGAUUCAUUUCUCUGCGGUCCAUUUAAGAGAAAUGCACAAAUGCACCGUUGAAGGUUGCAACAUGGUGUUUUCAUCGCGACGUUCUCGUAAUCGGCACAGUGCAAAUCCCAAUCCCAAGCUACAUUCUCCUCAUAUCAGGCGUAAAAUUUCACCUCAUGAUGGCCGCACCGCUCAACAGUUCCCCGUCUUCCCCAUUGGCCCAGCAGGUUUAUUACCUGGAGGACCGGGUAUGUCUUCAGCCUUCCCAGGUCUUAUGCCUUCCUCGGCCUUCCCGGGUGCUCCUCAUCCCUCUGCAAUGUUUGGUGAUUUCUCCUCGGCCUCAGCUGUUCCAAACUUCCAGCAUAUGUUGGGCCAUGGCAACGAAAGACUUCCAGCCUAUCAUUCAAGCGGUGCUUCCAAUAACUCCGACAAUGAUGAUGAUGAGGGCUACGUCCUAGAUGUGCAAGGCUCCAGUGCUAGUCAAGGUAGUCACAGUGAUGUUGAUGAUUAUUGCCGCGAAGUCGAUGAAGAAGGGCACGAUGUAGAGGAAGAGGAGGAAGAACUGAUCUCAGUGUCCAUUGAAGAUGAGGAAGUCAAACCUGUCUCUACGUUUUCGGAGGAUUCCAAUGAGCCGCUAGAUUUUAGUCUGCACAAACGUUCCGCCCAUAUCCAUAGCUCCCACGAAAGACUUUCGGCCAGCCCUUCCGCCUCGUCUUCCACCUCGACUGCAGCCAAAACUUCGCAUAGCUUUUCCAUGGACAAUUUGUUGGGUAAACGCAAAAGAUCCUGCAGUGAAUCUGAAAUGUCCUGCGGCCACACCUCACCAGUGACCAUCAAAAUGGAACAGGAUGAAGAAGCAUCGAACUGUCUGGAUCUCUCCGCCUCGCAGCCUAGUAAAAAAUCUCAAAUUGAAAAUUCACCCCUCACCGCCGAAGAACAACAAUUGAGACUGUUGCAAUCACAAAUGUUUGCGGCAGCAGCGGCGGCCGCCGCAGCACAAAGCCAAAGUAUAGAAUCUUCCGAUAGCUCAGUCAGUGCUGAUGCCACUUCACCACCUCCCAUGUGGAAUUUGCUUUCCGAGGUAUACCGCUCUAUGCUUUUAAACUCUCAGGCCAAAAGCCAACAACAACAGCAGCAACAACAAGCUCAGCAGUACAAUGAAAUGUCCACAAAUGCGAUAUCGGUGUAGAUGGACAUGCUCGGAUGAGUGGUCAAGACGAAGAUUACAAAACUCGCUUUAGGUUGUUACCUCAAAUGUGUAUUACUUAAAUGUUAAUUUGUUGUAAAGUGUGCGAAAACUUAAUGAUAGUUGUAAAUAGCUAGGAAGAAAACUCUUUAAGCGAUACUUGUGUGUACAUAAACAAUUCUCUAGAUUUAAGCCAAAUCAUCAUUUUACCUACGAAAGUAUUCAGCAAUAUUUUACAAAAAUGCAACAAAUCUACGUUCUCUCAAAACUUGCUUUAAAUUAAAAAAGUGUAAAUUCCCCUUCCUCUUUAUAGCCUUUGUGCAAUAUCUUGUGUAUAUUAUGUUUCCUCAUGUUUGUCACAAUUGUUUCCUAGUUUUUGCUUUUAUUUUCCUUUAAACAAAGUGUAUACGUUUUUAUUCAAAAUUAAAAAAAAAAGAAACAACAAAAUGUUUCUACUCAUGAUAUUAUUUCUCUUAUUAAUGUAAAUUAUUACCACUACUAUUAUUAUCACCUGUAUUACUUUCAGUUAUUUCAUUGUGCGCCUCCUCUAAUUAUUUUUGAAAUGUGUAACAUAUAUCUUCUAUUUAAAAUAUAUUAAAAAAUUUGUUUAAUAGUUUUAACAUCAACACAAAUACACAUACACAUGAAUAUGCGUUCAAUCGCUAAUUUCUACAAAGAAGAAGAAAACAAAAUGCAAAUGUGUUUUUAUUUUAGUAUAAAUUAGUAUUACAAAUGCUUUACUAUUAUUAUUAAUAUUGUGAAAAACAAAAAUCAACAAAACAAAUAAUUUUAGCCAAUUUUAUAAAUUAAUAACGAAA